AUGUCGCACUGGAUCUGCUGCAACGCCUGCUUUCUUCCGCCCUCGUCCGAGCGCCGAAUGGCCCUCACGUCUUGCGGCCAUGUUGUGUGCAGUGUUUGCUACCACAAAGGUCAACAAAGCAAGUGUUUGAUCUGCAACAACAAAUGUCAAGUGUCGUCUCUUACUGACCAAAGCCGCCCGGAAGUGAAGGCCCUGUUCGCCAACAUCAACAGUGUGGCUAACAAACAUUUGUCAGAGAUCAGAAAAGUUCUAAUGUUCCAGGCCAAACAUGGUAGAAAACUGCAGGCACACUACCAGAAAAGGAAUGAGAAACUGGAGGAGGGCUGGCUCAAGAUGAAGCAGGAAAUGCAGCACAUGGCCAAGAAGCUGAAUGAACAGAGCGACUACAUCGCUAAACUUGAAUAUUCACUUCAAAGUUUAAGGUCGUCAUCGAUGUCCCAGAUGAGCCACGGCUCCCAAAGCGGGCAUGGACGACAAGUCCUGCAGAUCCCGUUUAGCCCUCCCGUAUCGCUCUCCAGACAUUCCUCAUCCAGCAACAUUGCUGACAACAUGGAGGUGGAUGAACGACUGAGUUUUUUCCAGAAACCUGUCGCUGUCACCAGAUUGUCGCUGAUCAGUCCUCCCCACGACGGACGCAUGGGCACAGUUUCUCACAGGAUGUCCAGCCAAAUGGCCAACCACUCCACACACUCGGCCACAGUCAGUCGCUGCCCGAGAACGCCGACGACGCCCAACGUGUCGUUUGGACACGCGUCUGCUUGGAAUACGCCCAUCUUCCAGCCUUCCCGGUCCUUCCGGGCGCACCCUCCUCCUUAA